CGGAAGUAGGAUUGGAAACGACUCUGUUUUCAUUUUGCAUUCAUUGCGUGGAGGAACAAAAUAUCCACUAACUGAACUGAAUAAGAUACCCGAAUCUCAUUCGACUGAAAAUGUCUAAACUACAGUUGUUGCGUUUGUUUUUAAAUGAGCGUUUAACGGCGGCUGCUGUGGAGAUUUUCGGGGCAGUUGAGAAAACGGUAGUGGAGUACCAGGAGGAGAAUGAUCGGCUACGGAGAUUGUUGCGGAUCACACCAGAGAUGCAACUAUGUAAAAUAGACUCCCUGCAGCUCUCUGUCUCUGAAAAGGAGGUUCCCUCUGAGCAGCAGCACUGUGAGCAGGAGUGGAGUCCCAGUUUGUGGCAGGAGGACCCAGAUACCACACUGAUUAAAGGGAAACAGGAGGAAGUCAGGACCAAUCAGGAGGAAGAACAGCUUCAAGGGGUGGAGCCUGAUAUCAUAGAGUUCAUAUUCACUCCUUCCUGUGUGAAAAGUGAAUGUGAUCAGUCCUUGACUCUUCCCCAAACCAAGACUGUGGAGAACAGAGAGAGUGAUUCUAAACCAGUGGAUCUGAAACCUUUUGGCACUGUGACCCACAUUAAUGGUCUUUACAUUCCCUGUUUAUCCCCAUAUACUCAGAACAAUGCCUCCAGCCACAGUUCAGCCAUAAGCAGCGACCCAGUAGGACUUGACAGCAGCCCACCAUUGGGUCCCACCACACCAUUAGAUCCAAACAUGUCAAUGGGGGAACGCGGUUCCAAACCCAGCACCACGUCUAGAAAAACUCACCACUGCCAUGACUAUGGUGAAAUGUUUCCUCUGAAAGCUGACCUGCAGAGGCACGGGACUCUUACCAAGAAGAGACUCAGCGAAUGUCACUUGUCCAAUAAACAGUACAACUCCACCUGUAAACUGGAAGCCCAUGUCCAACUCUGUCCCAUGGAGAAAUCCUGUACUUGCCCUAUUUGUGGCAUGACCAUCAAACACAAGGGAGAUCUGUCUAGGCACAUGGGUAUUCACACAGGAGAGAAACCAUUUAGCUGUGGUGUCUGUGGGAAAAGCUUCUAUCAGAAGGGACACCUUACAGAUCAUAUAAGGACUCACACAGGAGAGAAACCAUUUAGCUGUGGUGACUGUGGGAAAAGCUUCAAUUUGAAAGGCAACCUAAGGAAGCAUAAACUGACUCACACAGGAGAGAAACCAUUUAGCUGUGGAGACUGUGGGAGAAGCUUCAGUCUCAAUAUGAACUUAACCAGGCAUAAACUGACUCACACAGGAGAGAAACCAUUUAGCUGUGGAGACUGUGGGAAAAGCUUCACUCAAAAGACUAACCUGCUGAUGCAUGUGAAAAACAUCCACAAAGGAGGAAAGCAGGACAAAAACUGAAAGAAAGAAAAUGAGGACAAAGCUGUUCAGUCAAAAGAAUGGGAAAAACAGGCAGUAUGUGGACAACACGUUUUAAGUAGGGCUGGUGUAUAUAUAUAUAUAUAUUUAAUGGAUGAUAUUUGAAGGUAUUUUAUGUUUUUGAAUAGUUAAAAUUCUACAUUUGCUUCAUGAGUAGUGCAUGACCCCUAAGAUGGCAACAUAUACAGUAUCAGUCAAGUUUGGACACACCUAACUCAUUCAAGGGUUUCACUUUAUUUACGACCUUGUAAGAGUGUGCAAAGCUGUCAUCAAGGCAAAGGGACGCUACUUUGAAGAAUCUAAAAUAUAUUUUGGUUUGUUUUAACACUUUUUUUGGUUGCUACAUGAUUACUGUAUAUAAGUGUGUUAGCUAGCACGCACCAAUGUAAUGGUCACACAAGCUCACUACUGACACAGUUUUCAUGCUACAGAUUUUACCAUCAACAUCGUUAAGCUCUGCACAACUAACAUUGCUGUUUCCUUUUUAACGACAGAUAAUAAAUAAAUAAUGCUCAACUGGGA